UUGUCUCUCUCUCGUCCGCAGGCAGGCAGGGGGUCUCACAAGUCUCCUUAUCCGUUUAUAUUAUCUCAAAACCCAAAAAUUCCCACCUCUUUCUCUUUCCUUUUUUUCUUCUCUCUGUACAGAAAGUUUCAAACUUCCAAUAUCUUCUGUAAACGAUACAUGCUCCUCACAUGGGUUUUGGAGAUUAAAGAGUUUAAUUGAAUGAAAAUCAAACAAUUACUAUCAGUAGCUGCAGAAGAAGUGGAUGAUGUCUUGUUUGCUUCCACAGUUUAAGUGCCAACCUGACACUUUCUCUAUCCAUUUUAGAGCUAACUACUUUCACUUUUCUAACGUUACUCAAUCCACAGCAAAGAGUAGAGAGCCGAUAUAUUACCGAGCACAAUGCAUUUUGUCCACCACAUCACCAUCAACAUCAACCGCAGUGCUUGAUCUGGAGAAGCUGAGAUUACCUUCUUUUGAAGCUCCUUCAGAUUCAAUUGCUCCAAACAGUCCAUGGACAUAUGUAAGGGCAAUUGGUCCUCCCAAAGAGGCUACCUUUGGAUCGACUUUAGCUACAGAAACACUUAUUACAAGUGAUGAGGCUGUAAUUGCUGCAGCUGCUGCCGAAGCAGUUGCUCUUGCAAGAGCUGCUGUCAAGGUUGCAAAGGAUGCAGCCCUUUUGGUUAAAAAUUUCCCUUCUGCAGAAACAGAAAGUAAACUUACGAGUCCAUCUACAAUUGAUGCAUCUAGAUGGCCGCAAUUUACAGAAACAGAAAGAGCCCGUAUUAUAGGAGAUUCUGUGGCAACUGAAACUGGACCAAGAGAAGAAUCUUCCAUGCAAUCGUCCAUCAAAGAAUCCGAUUAUCUGGAGCUAACUCAUAAAGAGCUUGAACUUCUGCAGAAGCAACUUUCUGAGGGUAUAGCUGUGAGAUCAAGGCGCCAAACAGAAAGAAAAGCCAGACGAGCAAGAGCAGUGGAAAAGGCUGCUUCAAGUGUUGUUUCUGUGAAGCCUGGUUCUACCAGCAAGAAAAAGCGUGGUUCUCUACAGGAAGUGGACUAUUCUGAUCCAUUACGUUACUUGAGAGGCACAACAAGCACUUCCAGGCUUCUUACUGCUAGUGAAGAAUUGGAAUUGUCUGCAGCAAUACAGGACCUAUUGAAACUUGAAAGGCUCCAGGAGGAGCUUGCGGAGCGUUACGGAGGGCAGCCCACCUUUGCACAGUGGGCAGCUGCUGCAGGGGUAGAUCAGAGAACUUUAAGGAAGCGCAUAAACCAUGGUACAAUAUGCAAAGACAAAAUGAUAAAAUCCAACAUACGGCUUGUUAUUUCAAUUGCUAAAAAUUACCAGGGCGCUGGGAUGAAUCUCCAAGAUCUUGUUCAGGAAGGUUGUCGAGGACUUGUAAGAGGUGCAGAGAAGUUUGAUGCUUCAAAAGGUUUCAAAUUCUCAACAUAUGCUCAUUGGUGGAUUAAACAGGCAGUGCGCAAGUCUCUUUCUGAUCAAUCUAGGACAAUACGCUUGCCAUUUCACAUGGUGGAGGCAACAUACAGAGUGAAGGAAGCAAGAAAGCAAUUAUAUAGUGAAAAUGGAAGACAUCCUGAUGAUGAAGAAGUUGCAGAGGCAGCUGGACUUUCAAUGAAGAGGCUUAGUGCUGUACUUCUAACUCCAAAAGCUCCAAGAUCUCUCGACCAGAAGAUUGGGAUGAACAUGGAUCUUAAACCUUCGGAAGUAAUAGCAGAUCCUGAAGCGGAAACAGCAGAAGAGCUGCUAAUGAAGCAAUUUAUGAAGCAGGACUUGGAGAAGGUGCUGAACACUCUCAAUCCAAGGGAGACUCAAGUGGUGAGAUGGAGAUUUGGAUUGGAGGAUGGAAGGAUGAAAACAUUGCAAGAGAUUGGAGAGAUUAUGGGUGUUAGCAGGGAAAGAAUUCGACAAAUUGAGUCCAGCGCAUUUCGGAAACUAAAGAACAAGAAGAGGACCAAACAAUUGAAGCAGUAUUUACUAGCAUAAGCUACAACAUCUAGAGAUUACAUUGCAUAACAUGCAGCUAGCUAGCUUACCUGAGGCUAUUGUAUUUCAUCUGUAUUUAUUUCUUCAUUUUUCUUUCUCUAGCAAUUGCAAUUGCAAUGUCUGCUUCUGUAAUCUGCUCUGGAAUAUUAGAGUAGUUGUGCAUAGGAACAAAUUUUUUUUGAAUUAAGCAUUUCCCAUUUUUGAAGUACUCAAUGCAAAAUACUUUUAAAA